GGCGGGCGGGGUUGGGUGCGCGGGGCGGCGGCGGGCGCUGAGGGGAGGCAGGAAAAUGGCGCUGACGCAGGGAACGAAGCGCAAAGUCUGCUACUACUACGAUGGGGACGUUGGGAACUACUAUUAUGGCCAAGGACAUCCCAUGAAACCCCACAGGAUCCGGAUGACCCACAACCUGCUGCUGAACUACGGCCUCUACAGGAAGAUGGAGAUCUAUCGUCCUCACAAGGCAAAUGCAGAGGAGAUGACCAAGUACCACAGUGAUGACUACAUCAAAUUCCUGAGGUCCAUCCGCCCUGACAACAUGUCUGAGUACAGCAAGCAGAUGCAAAGAUUUAACGUUGGGGAGGACUGCCCUGUGUUUGAUGGGCUGUUUGAGUUCUGUCAGCUCUCUGCUGGAGGCUCUGUGGCCAGUGCAGUGAAGCUGAACAAGCAGCAGACAGACAUUGCAGUGAACUGGGCAGGAGGCCUCCACCACGCCAAGAAGUCGGAGGCUUCUGGCUUCUGUUACGUCAACGACAUCGUCUUGGCCAUCCUGGAGCUCCUGAAGUAUCACCAGAGGGUGCUGUACAUCGACAUCGACAUUCACCACGGGGAUGGUGUGGAGGAGGCCUUUUACACCACGGACCGUGUCAUGACCGUGUCCUUCCAUAAGUACGGGGAAUACUUCCCAGGAACAGGGGACCUGCGGGACAUUGGUGCAGGCAAAGGCAAGUACUACGCUGUGAACUAUCCCCUCCGGGACGGCAUCGACGACGAGUCCUAUGAAGCCAUAUUCAAGCCUGUGAUCUCCAAAGUCAUGGAGACAUUCCAGCCGAGUGCUGUUGUCCUGCAGUGCGGAUCAGAUUCCCUCUCCGGGGACAGGCUGGGCUGCUUCAACCUCACCAUCAAAGGUCAUGCCAAGUGUGUGGAGUUUGUGAAAAGUUUUAACUUGCCCAUGCUGAUGCUGGGAGGGGGCGGCUACACCAUCAGGAACGUGGCCAGGUGCUGGACCUAUGAGACUGCUGUGGCUUUGGACACCGAAAUUCCCAAUGAGCUUCCAUACAACGACUAUUUCGAGUACUUCGGGCCAGACUUCAAGCUCCACAUCAGCCCCUCGAACAUGACCAACCAGAACACCAACGAGUACCUCGAGAAGAUCAAGCAGCGCCUCUUCGAGAACCUGCGCAUGCUCCCGCACGCCCCCGGGGUGCAGAUGCAGCCCAUCCCCGAGGAUGCUGUUCAGGAGGACAGCGGAGAUGAAGAGGAAGAUGACCCUGAGAAACGCAUUUCAAUCCGCAAUUCCAACAAGAGAAUAUCCUGUGAUGAGGAAUUCUCCGACUCAGAGGACGAAGGGGAAGGAGGGCGCAAAAACGUCGCCAACUUUAAGAAAGCCAAGCGUGUGAAGGCAGAGGAGGAAAAGGAGGAAGAGGAGAAAAAAGAUGAGAAGGAAGAGGAAAAAGCGAAAGAGGAGAAAGCAGAACCCAAAGGGGCGAAGGAAGAGCCAAAAUCCACCUGAGCUGGACGGGCCUGUCCGUGCGUAGUUUGUCGUAGGUUUUUAGCUCCCGGGUUGCCUCCUAUUCCACAGGAUUUAUAUUUUA